UUGUGGCUGGUUGUUUUUGCGUGAUCCUUUCCGUAAAACAAUAAUUGUUUCCGUCGCGGAACUACUUGUACAUUUGCCGAUUGCAUCACGUUCCCACGAAAUGCCAAGCGGGUCGAAUCAUUUGGUUCUGUAUUAAAAAAUUAAGCAAAAUGUCGUCUUUCGUUACCUAUAGGAACGAAAGUACAGUUAAUGUAGUUGAACCGUCCACAAAAGAUAAUGUUACGUUCUAUAAAAUAAUUGUUAAAGUCGGAACUGUUCAGUGGAACGUCCUGCAUCGGUACAGUGACUUUGUGGAUCUUCACGAGAGGCUGGUCAAUGACCAUGGCGUGGCCAAGGACCUGUUACCACCAAAAAAAGUUAUUCGAAACAAAACACCGAAAUUCGUCGAACAAAGGCGUGAAGCGUUGAACGAAUACCUGAAGAACGUGUUUAAUUAUUUGAAAUUAACCAUGCCAUCGGAAUUCGCCCACUUUUUGGACUUCCAGAUGUAUGACAUAUUCUUCUUGUUGCAAGAUUUAGCCAAAAAACUGUUCCUUGAAGGUGAUAAAUUACUAGAGAAUGAAAAAUCGCAUAAAUUUACCCUACUAGAGUUACAUGCGAUCAGUGAGAGGUUUAAAAUGGCAUGCCCUCCAACUGAGAAACAAGAUCAAAUGUAUGAUUUCAGUCACAUACUGGACUUCUGCUCACAAGUUAAUUCACUAAACAUAGAAGGGAGCUAUGAAAAGUUGGGAACAAGCAAUAUUGUACCAAAUGAUUUACAUUUUGAUCUCAUACCGUUUAAAUCAUUAGCAGAUCUGACAAUACUUGGAGUGCCCAUGGGAUGUAUUCAAAGUGUUGGCAGUCUUCGUGAUACUCUUAGCAGUUUGUCUGUUCACAUUGCAAGUGUGAUAUCAAUGAAUGAAUUCCUACUCGUUGAUGUGAUACACAAGGACCCAUCUAGUCUAGCUGAUACUGUGAUAUGGAAAAAGCUAUCUUCUAUAAGUUUCGUGAGCAACAAUAUAAACAAAGUCGACUGGGCGAUAAAAUUGGUUCCAAAGCUGCAGCAUUUGAACCUUUCAUCUAACAAACUAAUGGAGCUCUGCGAUAUAUCGUGCCUUCAUGAGAUAAGAGAACUCAACUUAUCCAUGAACAGAUUUAGUCUAUGCGAGAACUGGCACGCUAAAAUAGGCAAUAUAGUCAAAAUAGAUCUAUCCCAAAACAAAAUAGAAUCUCUGCAAGGCUUCUCAAAACUUUAUUCUUUAGAAAGCUUAGAUCUUAGUUGCAAUAUAAUAAGUGACGUUGAAGAAGUCCAGCAUAUUUGUAAUUUACCUUGCUUAGAGUAUCUGUGGUUAACAGCCAAUCCUGUCGCCUCAUCCAUAGAUUAUAGAGUAAAGGUCAUAGAGCAAUUUAACGCGAGGAUGACGGAGGUGUGCUUAGACAACGAGAAGGCAUCGGAAAAGGAGUUGGACACGGCUAGAGUAUUGCAAGCUUUAAGAAUAGUAAAAGAAGGGAAGACUCCCAGUUUCUUAAAGAAUAACAACACGAGUCACAGCUUUAAUAGGAGUUGACGACUGGGAAUUGAUUUAGAAUCGAUUAUUGCUUAUAUUAUAAUUGGUGCUUAAUCGCCUGUUCACAAAUUUCUAAACUAAAUUUUGGUACUUUUAGUUUAUUUUGGAAAUUUGUACUGAAAAGUUGAGAGUUUGUUCUGAAAUGGAAACUACUGUUGAGAGUAGUUCUGUCUUUUCAGAAAAUUCCCCUUGGACAAGAAUAGAGCUAUUUCUUAAUUCUAAUUUUAUUUGGGAGUUUGUAAGUAAUUGAUUUAAAAUCGAUUGCGGUGUAUUUAACGAUUGGUGCUAAAUCGCCCGUACACAAACCUCUUAAAACUAAACUAGUAGACCCAAUAUUAGUGCUGUCUCUCUCACAUUGUUCCCUUUAUAUUUGGGUUUAAUAUCAUUGCCGUACCGCCGUAGCCCGUUACAAUCAUAACCAUCACUUACGAAUAGGUGAAAUUUUAGUCAAGGGUUAACUUAUAGUUGAAUAGAAAAAAAUGCAAAAAUAUAAAACUCAGUUAAACUUUUAAUAUUAUUUUGCCUAAGCAUAUAUUUGUGUACAACCGAAAAAGCAUUAUAUAUUAUUGUAGAUCAUGUAUUUUUAUUACCUACCUAAGUAUUUACUGUAAAAACAUCACAUAGUGAUGAUUCUAGUUAUAAUAAGCUUGUGAUAGCAACAAUUUUAAUUCUUUACAAUAUAAUUAAGAACCAUUAUUCCACGCAGUGCAUUGUGUCCAAUAACAGUGAAAACGCCCCGCGCACAUGCUAGCUCACAAUUUUUUUUCCAAAUGUUCCCCAUUUUAUAGUAAACGUUUGGAACAUUAGAGGUCAAAUAAUUACUGUCAGAUUGGAAUUUAGUGACUAACCGUUUGUUCGAGGAACACUAUUACAGUGGAGUGGUUUAUAAUGCUUAGUCAUAUACACGGUUUCUAUAUGUUUUUAACAUGGAAAAGUAGUAACUUUCCCAUGUUACUGACCAUUUUCGUUAGUGCUAUAUAUUGUAAUAGGCCUUUUAAAAACGAAUGAUAGUAUUAUUGACAUAAAGCCUUGUUGUUUUACUUUUAGUUUUAAAAUAUAACAAGAUUCUUGUGCUAACUCAAAAUAAAUGCUUGCAAUUCCGGGCCUAGUGUGAGAUUUUUUUCUACAUUUACUUAUUCGAUCGUGCAAACGUUACCUACAAUUUAUGUGAUAACGAGAAAACGCCAUCUAUUGGCAAUACUGUUUCCCAGUAUUGUUACUAAGUGGUGCUCUUUGUUUCGUCUGCGUAAUAUAUCUGUAGGAUAUUGUCAUAUAAGAAAGCUAUAUUUGGAGAUUUACUGACAACCCCGCAUUAAAACUGCGUGAUGGGUAUUCACUCUUUAUGCCUCCUAUGUGAAUCCAGUACCAACCUGUAGGUCCUUAUUUGACUACUUAUAAACGUAAAGAAGUAAUAUUUCGAUGGCUGUUUUUUUUUAAAGAAAAAAUAUACUUACAUAUGUAAGAACAUGUAUUUAACCGACUUUACUAGGAGGGAGGGUAACAUAUUUUUAAUGUGCGCAGAAAAAGUCUUAAAAAAGUGGUGGUUUCGCAUAGUAUUAACUUAUGUAAGUAAUUUAUAAGUAUUAAAAUAAUUGUGAUUUUAAUAAUAA